AUGGGAAAGAUGAAGCAAAUUUUAGUUCUUCUUGUAUCAGUUUUGUUAUUUUCAACGUGGGUGCCUGUCUCUCUAUGUGCGAAGAAGCCAGUGGCAGUUGCGAGAAAAGAAGAUAUUCCUUACAUCAAAUGUCAAGUUUGUGAGAAGCUGGCAUCACAGUUGUACCAACAAGUACAAACAAAACAAGCCCAGAUCUCUCCCAAGAAGAUCUCAGAGUAUCAAAUCAUUGAGAUCGCGGAGAACGUUUGUAAUUUGAAGAAGGAGGAAGCUGAUUGGAUUUUGAAGAUUGAUAUAGUAGAGCAAGGAAAUAAGUUGGAGCUAAUCGAACAGGAUGCCGAAGGGAUUUGCAAUUCAGAGUGUAAGACAAUUGAGCAAGCUUGUCAGGAGGUUAUGGGGUAUUCUGAUACUGAUGUUGCUGAAUAUAUAUACACGUCCAAGCCUGAUAUUGAGUCGCUGGCCAAUUAUCUGUGUAAUGACCUGGCUAAGGCAUGCAAAAGCAAGCCUCUCCCACUACCAAAGGAUAGGACUCCGGGAGAACCUUUUGUACCCAAACCCACUAAAGAGGCUGAAAUGGAAAAGAUGUUACGGUCAAUGGAGGGUAUGCCAGGGGCACCCAGCAUGAAAAUGUAUUCAAGGGAGGAGCUGAUGAACAUGAAGAAUUUGGGUGAAGAUGCAGAUGAUGAAAAUGACGAUGACGACGACGACGAAGAGUUUCCAUCUAAUUUGGGAAAACUUUUGAGAGACCAAGAAAGUGGAAAAGGCGAUUGGAAGCAGAGGAUCAGCAAAGGCGUCAAAAAAGCAAGCGAAUCAUUGAAGAAACAUGCAAACAAGGUCUCCAACCGGGUACAAAGGUGGUGGAGAGGAAUUAGUGCUGCCCGUUCCAAGGCCAGCAAGGCAGAGCUUUAGGAUACCUUGAAUUCUACGUGUGAGGAAUACCAAUGGUUAGCACGUUUUCUUCCGCUGUGUUAAUAUGCUUUGUUACUUAUUUACUCGGAAGAAUUUGAUUCAGUAGGAAAUCAGAGGAAUUAAAUCCCCUUUUUCCCUAAACUUGUCUUUCCCCGCCCUUUGGGAAGUUUUGAUGAUUGUUUUCAUCCAUGGGGACUCUCUUAACAGUGUCAUGAGUAGCAACUUCAUCUUUUUGCUGAUUUCAAUACACAAUAUGUUGAAACGUCUCUCUUCCUA